AAAUUGCUGGCACAGCGUUAAGGCUCACAAGGGACAAAUGUUCCUUUGUUCCCAUUGAUUUGCCGAAUGUGAGUUGGCUCCUGGGGCAGCACAGAUGCCUCACAGGCGGUCAAGUGAGACACAUUUGGUUUGACAGAAUCAAUGUCUUCACAGCCCUUCAUGUGGUUGUUCUCUGGGAUGAACAAUCAAUACACCCGUCGGGAGGUCUUCUGCCGGAACACCUGCCAUGACCUCAAGCGUUUCUGGGAAAGGGAAAUUGGUAAACAGACUUACUACCGAGAAUCGGAGGAACAUCGUCUGGGAAGAAGCGCACUGAGAAAGCUCAGAGAAGAAUGGAAGCAGAAGCUGGAAACAAAGCUGAGGCUGCGGAACAAUCCAGAGGACACUGAAAAGCGGACAAAUGUUGGCUGAGAGCUUCCUGCUUCAUUGACACAAGAAGAUGCAAAACACUGAGGUCACUUUGCUAGGAGAAGUCAAUGCAAAUCCCUGAGUCCCUUUGCUAUACCUGUCAGCCCUCACACUAUUGUUUCCCCAGCUGGGAGAGGAUUUACCUGUAAAUGCUUUCCCAGUGCUUGAUGGCAGUUAUUGGUCAAGUCAGUCCUCUGUGCAUGGGUGCCAGGUUAUUAUCCCAAAUGUCUCUAAAGAUAGCUUAUUUAAUAUCGAAGCUCCAUGCAGCAUUCCUUGCUUCUAUAUAAUUAUCUUCUAAUUUUGAAAUCCAAAUAUUUUAAACUCUAAACACACCAAGAGGAAUCCUCAACCUUCAUGGUCAAACUUUAAACAUCGCACAGUGGUAUUGCCCCACCAUUUCACCUAGGAAACACAGCUUUAUGGAAUGCUUGUUUUCUUUUUAUAAGAAGAGAAAUGCACCUAUCUGCAGAAAUUUAAAAAAACUAUCAAUAGUCAAAGCACAGUUUGAAAAUAAAUUGAUCUAAUAUUCUUUUUUCUUCAUAUAAAUUUAAUUGGCUUUUUCAAAAAUAUGUUUACCAAGAAUAAUAUCAGAAUAAUUUUAAUAAAGCUUGAUUGUCCUGUCAUCA